AUGCCUUUGUAUAGGAAUGCUAAUAUGAGGUGGUUGGAUAUGUCUGGAAAUGGAAUGAUAGGUACUAUUCCCGAUGAUUUACCAAAGUUCUUUCCCAACAUAAAGUAUUUGAAUUUGUCCAUGAAUAGUUUAAGUGGUGUUAUCCCUUCCUCUGUUGGUGAAUUGAGUGAAUUAUGGAUAUUGGGUCUAUCUGAUAAUGAGUUAUCUGGAGAAGUACCAAAGGGGUUGUUUACAAACAUAUCUGGGUUGUUUUUCUUAAAACUGUCAAAGAACAAGUUGCACGGCCAGGUACUCUCAGGAAACUUAACCUGGGGCAGCCUCUAUUUGGUUUACUUAGAUAGCAACCAUUUCACAGGGGAAAUUGGAAUUAAGAGCAGCAAGGAAAAGCACAACUCUCUGAUUACUCUGGAUAUUAGCAAUAACUUGUUUACAGGCAUCAUCCCUGAUUGGAUAGGCAACAUGAGUAGCUUGUCUGAAUUUGUGGUGAGAAAUAAUAGUUUUGAAGGCAGGUUUCCUUGUGGAGCAUCUCCAUUUUCAUUUCUUGAUAUUUCACAAAAUUCUUUCUCCGGACCCAUCCCGUCCUGUUUGAAUUUGCAAAAUAUGAAGCAUCUUCUUUUGGGUUCCAACAAAUUCAUUGGAUCAAUACCCAAAUCCUUUCGUAAUUUGACUCAGGUUUUGACUUUGGACAUUGGCAACAACUACUUGUCAGGCAGGAUUCCGGAAUUUCUUGGUGAAUUAUCCAAUUUAAGGAUUCUUCUUUUAAGAAAAAAUAACUUGAGUGGUUCCAUUCCAAUGCAGUUGUGUCAAUUAAGUAAUGUUAGUUUGAUAGACUUAUCCGGUAACUCACUUUCUGGUUCAGUACCUAGCUGCCUUCAAAAUAUUACCGGCCCAACUCACCUUGCUUUCCUAAAAGGUAUCCUAAUGACGUAUUUACUUGGUUCCUCUUACAGCUAUGGGGGUAAUUGUUAG